UCAAUUUUCUUCGGUUAGCAUCAUCUUUCUUCUUCCUCUGAAUACAGUUUUUCUCUGUCGUUUCUUCUCCGCUUCUCCGGCCAAUCCUGAACCCUGAGAGAGAUAGAGAGAGAGAGAAGAGAGAUUUUCGUUCGCGAGCUGCGCGUGAUAAUGUUGGCGAUGGACUCGAGAUCUUCUCUCCAUCUUCAUCGCUCCUCCCCUCGCGUUGACCUAAUUUCCGGUGUGCGAAUGAAACGAUUCCCUGCUCCGAGUACGCCUCGAAUAUGUGGAAAUAUAAUCUGUUGAUUCUGCUCUUCCUCCACUUGUUUAAAUCACUCCCCAUCUGAAUUUCGAGAUCCCAUCGUAUCCCUGAAGAAAAAAUUGUUGUGUGUUCUCGAAGUUUCUAGUCGAAUCCUAAGUUUGUUGGAGAAUUAAGAAUUGUGGAUUUUUAGGUUUUUAUUUUUUAGGGUUUCUGGUGAGUCUUUGUAAUGGCUGAGAAGAAAGAAUUAGGGUUGCAGAAGACUGUUGUUAGUUUGAAAGAGCAGUUAGCGAGAACUACUCUGAGGAACUUGAGGGCGCAAGGGCACACGUAUAUCGAGUUACGUGAGGAUGGGAAGAGAUUUGUGUUUUUCUGCACUUUGUGUCUUGCUCCUUGCUAUAGUGAUGCUAUCUUGCUUGGACAUUUGAACGGGAACCUUCACAAGGAGAGGUUGUCGUGUGCUAAGAUCACUCUUCUUGGUGAAAAUCCGUGGCCUUUCAAUGAUGGGGUUCUUUUUUUCGAUAGCUCAACGGGGGAAGAGGAGGAGAAGAGUUUGGUCUGUGGUGGUGGUGAAGCUGGUCCGUUGCAGCGUUGUUGCAGUGAUGAUGGUGAUAGGUUUGCUAUUGUUGCUUAUGAUGAGAGUAGAAUGAAUGGAGCAAAUCGAGAUGAGAUUGCAGAGACUGCAGAUGAUCUGUUGAUCUCUGGUUUACUGAUUAAAGAGAGAACUCUUGAUGUGGAAGCUAAGUUUAUUGGCUUUGGUCGUAUUGCUGCUAGGUUGUUUGAGACGAAAGGACGCGCAACUUGGAUUGAUAAGUUAUGGUGCGAGUGGUUAGGAAAGGAGGGUUCUUCCGAUGAGGAGAAGGCUUCUGUUCCAGAGCAUGACUUUGCUGUUGUCUCGUUCUCCUACUUCUACAAUUUGGGUAGGUUGGGUUUGCUCGACCAUCCGAGCCGUCUUCUCACAUCUGAAUCAGGAAACGGGGAAGAAAAUGGCAGGAAGAGGAAGAAGUCGUUUUCGGAUCCAGAGGACACCAGUGAUUCUCUGUGUAGUCAGGAUGAUUCUUCCGAGGAGGUUUCUUCAGCUCGUGGCUCAAGAGCUCUGCUAGCUGAUUACGAUGAUCAUCUCGUGAACAGAAGAGUCAUCAAGAAUAGAACGGUAAGACGGGAGCUUAGGAAGCAGCAGAGGAUAUUUUCCGAAAGGAUAUGCGAAGUCUGUAAGCAGAAGAUGCUUCCGGGGAAAGACGCUGCAGCGAUACUUAACACCAAGACAGGAAAGCUUGUGUGUGGCAGCAGAAACCUCCUUGGUGCGUUCCACCUAUUUCACGUGUCUUGUGUAGUGCACUGGUUUCUCUUCUGUGAGAGUGAAAUAAUUGGGAACAAGAUGGUGAGUGGAAAAGGGAAAAAGAGAUGCACAAAGCAUCAGAGUGGUGUGAAGUGGAAUGGGUUGGUAAGUGAUGUGAGCUGGCAAAUAUUCUCAGUGUUCUGUCCAGAAUGUCAAGGCACUGGGAUAAACAUUGAAGGAGAUGUGAUCGAGAGAGACACGUUUCCGCUUUCUCAGACAUGGAGGUUCGGGGUGAAAGUGAGUGAAGGUAGAAAAGCAUGGGUGAAAAACCCGGAGAAAUUGGAGAACUGCUCAACAGGUUUUCAUUUUCCGCAACAGAAUGAAGAAUCAGUCAAAAAUCAGGAGGAGAGAGUACAGAACAUGAAGCUAGUUCGAUUCUACAGGGUGGAGUUGUAAUGUAGGAGAAACAACAAGCUGAGGCUCUCUUAAUUUGAUGUGUGUUUGUGUGUGUAAAUAAGGCCUUGGUCUUGCAUUUUACAGGACUCUGUAAAUCCUAUUACUUUUGAUACUAUCUGAUCACUUUUGAGGCCUAA